UCAAUCGAAGUUUGAAGCCGCUGCUAGCAGCAGCAGCAGGAGCAGCAGUAGCGCACGUUCAGUACUCGUCGGGACGUCAAUCGUAUCGGAUCGGUGGUGUACUCUCGGUGUGCGUGUGCGCGCGUGUGUGUGUGUGUGUGCGCGUCCGCGCGUGUGGUUCGUCAAAGCCCUCGAAACCGUGACCCUUACGCCUGACGGGGGUCCACAUCCGUGUAUCCGCAUCGCACGCCUUAAGCAAGACGUGCAUUCGACGCGUGCCGCCGUGUUUUCUUUCGCGAACUUCACAACGUCCGUCCGCGUGUGUGUGUGUUUUUCUGAAGAAUUUAUUGUUUUGCGUUCGCUGAUGGAGAGACGUGGAAUUAUACGCACGUUGUGAGGUACCUGUACCCGUGUAGCGAGUAUCGAGUUUUGAAGCUGUGUGUUUGUGUGCUAGUGUUCGGUGCGCACCGAAUGUGAUUGAUGUGAAAGUUGGAGGUUCUAAGUCGUCUAAGCUCCUAUGAAACGUCCACCGAGAAGCAAAAGAGUUCCAAUGAAAUAGAGUGCCGAUGGAGCUGGUGGAGUGUAAAUCAUCAGUUCAACUGUACCGAAAGUGUGGCUCGGUAGGAUGAAGUUCCAGGUGUAGUGAUUAGUGCAUAAUGUUUCGUAUCAUACUCGCCCGCGGUCGGUAAAUGGUGGUGCAUUAAUAAAAACGUGUCCAUUAACACGAAAAAGAGAAGAAAAAAAAUCCUCAGCAUACAUUCGCCGAUGUGGAUCCGAUCGGUGCUGUGUGGCGGUUUGGAAUUGAUUUCGACCAAAGUUUCGACGGUUUCGAAGACCUGUUUCGUUCCUGCGAAGAAACGCAGGGCUGGGCAAAGAGCAAAGUGUGUAGUAGUUAUGAAACUUGAGCCGAGUGUUACAUUGAAAAUCAAUCGAUGGAUAAUGCAGCAUCGAUGUUAAUGUAGCUUCCGAGCGGCGAGACGGAUUUCAUCAUCGUUCCGUAGGCCGAACGGCGGUUGGUCCUGGCCGUGGUAACGACUGCUGCUCUGUUCUGGAAAUCAGCUGUGGCGGUGGUAAAGUCGACAACAUUCUUCGUGACAUCCGACAGUAUCACCUAUCCUGCUUUCGGCAAAUGUGGCUCAACACCAAUAACUACAACAAUCAACUUGUGUGCUCUUAGUUACAUUUAAAGGUCCAUUAAAAUCAGAACAACUUAGUCUUGUAUGGGAGCAACCUGUUGGCUAUGAACGAUGGUGCAGUCAUGAAGAUCCUGAACACUACCCAAGUGUAACUUAACGCUAGACACCUUAACCGUUACAAAGCGUUAUCCAUAAUCAUAGUUAGCCUGAUUGGUGCCGUGCCCGGAGCAAUGAGAAGCACCGGAGCAAUGGAGGACCUGUUCGAGAACGAACCAGCCUCCCCGGACCCGGAUGGUCAGCCGAAACACUACAACGGUAGCAGCGGAAAGAACGUAUCGUUACGUAUCCUUUCCAUGCCUUCAUCACCGCUUCCACCACCAGCGGCCGGUAUCAUGUCAUCCUCCCCCUCGGCCAUUUCACUAUCAUCCAUGAACGCACGCACGGACACACGGCACCGCACGUCGAAGGAUCGCGUGUCACGAAAGGCCACCAGAGUCAGCACCAUCAGUCCGGGCGGAAGCAGUGGUAUGAUGGUCGGUGCGGAGAACUUUCCCUCAACGGUAGCCACCAUCGAUGAGGGCAUCAAUGAUGGCGGAAAUUCACCGACACCUAGCAGCCUUGCGCCGUGCAGCAACACUACAACGGUCGUGAAGAAAUCGAAGGUGGACUUCGUCCGGUUCGAUUCGACCGAAAUCCACUACACCGAAAAUGAGGAAGUGAGGAAGAAGAUAUCCGACGAGAUCAAGAGCGCGUGCAAACUCUCCGACAAAAAUAGGGCCGACCGGCUUGCACGACCACGAAUGUCACUGUUGGGGAAGCCGCUCAACUAUAAUCGUGGCUCACGGCGUGAUGCCCGUUAUAGGCGGCUACAGAGCAGGGUCUACAACUUUCUCGAGCGGCCCCGAGGCUUCAAAGCGAUUUUCUACCAUGUCUGUGUAUUUUUAAUGGUGUUCACAUGUUUGGCCUUAAGUGUCUUCUCAACUAUUCAGGAAUACGAGGAACAAGCAAUCGCCAUCUUAUUCGUCAUGGAGAUUAUAGUAGUAAUAUGGUUCUCGAUCGAGUUCUUCCUAAGACUUUGGUCAUCAGGAUGCCGUUCGCGUUAUCAAGGAGCAGUGGGAAGGCUGAAGUUUUUAAAAAGGCCUUUUUGUAUCAUAGAUAUAGUAACGAUAGCCGCCUCCAUAGUGGUGCUCGUCAUGGGAACAUCCGGGCAGGUGUUUGCCACCAGUGCGCUUCGAGGGCUCCGCUUUUUCCAAAUCCUGCGCAUGGUGCGCAUGGAUCGGCGUGGCGGCACCUGGAAACUGCUCGGGAGUGUCGUCUACGCUCACAGACAGGAAUUAAUUACAACCUUGUAUAUAGGGUUUCUGGGCCUUAUUUUUGCCUCGUUU